AUGACCCAUGUUACAUCAGUUGAUUUUAAAAACACCGCAUUGCUUAUUGCACUUGUUUUAGUUCCUAUCGUCGUUCUAUUCUGCACAGUUGCUGUGGUUCUUGUGUGCUCUGAAUAUUGGACUUGCAGAGUUACCCGUCCAUCUUGGCUUCCAUCGUGGUGCCGAAGGCGUGAUCGUCGAAAGAAGAAGAGAGUGCGAUCUGAUCUAGAAAGCUCGGCCGGAAUUCGAGACACUGAAAGCUCCGAGACACCGCUUGAAUACGAGAUUCCCGUUAGCGGCUUAGAACAUGUCUAG